AUGGCCGAGACAGCCCUUCGCAAUGCUCUGACGAAGCAGCUCUUUAUUGGCUAUGACGAGAGCAGCACUGACCCAGAUGAUCACUCGACUGUUGCUACUCCUGUAUCGACCAGUCCUACUAAGCGAUCUGGACAUACAAGAACGGGAUCAUUUCUGCCUAAUACCACCAUAGACACCCUCAGCGAGAAACUAUUGAUCUUUUCUCGUGUCUUGGAGGAACGCGAUGGUGGAAAACUCCUCAAAAUCGGCAAUCUCAGAGGAACUAAUAACGCUAUCGCCGGAAUCAACUCAAACAGCAGUGCUAAUAGUAAAGGUGGAGCCACCUAUGCUGACGAUGACGACUCAAAGGGAAAGAAGGUUAGAUACAUUUGCAUCACUGCCAAGAAGAAUAUGAAGAUACGAAUCCAUAAAGUCAAACAGGAAGGCAAAGAUUCCCAAUUCACCAUCAGCAAAACUUGGAGUUUGGAUGAUGUCAGAUCAUUGGAAUCCAAAGAUGGAACACGAUUUGCUGUCGGUCUCAGUGGCAAAGUGUUUGAGUGGGAAGUCGAGGAUUUAGUUAAAAAGGCGGAGCUCUUGUAUACUCUAUUGAAGCUCGCGGCGAGGUAUUGCACCAAAAUACCCAAACUCGUCAACAUUAACGAGACAGCUCUAAGAAAUCAAUUGGGUCAUGAUCCAGUCUUCCUGAAUACUGCUGGUGCAGAGUUAAAGAAGGCCCUGUCAUUAGGAAGUCGUAACCUUCUGCAAGAUGAUGAUGAAGUGGAGCAAUCUGUAGAGCUCAUGGCACCUGAAGAACCAGCACCACCACCCAUCAACUUGGAUGAAGUUCUAAGUGAUUUUGACUGGAAUGUUGGUGGUGAUGCUGCUGCCUUGGAAGCUCGACUAUACAACGAGCUGCUAGCACUCGAAGCGGCAAAUGUACACGCCAUUAUUGGAAGUGAAGAUCAAGCCUCGGCUGUUGUAGUUCAAAUUGACAAAACAUUGCAAGAGUUGUCCAAUAUCGAACAAUGGCUAGCACAUUAUACGGGUCGUUUGAAUAGCAUGGGUCAAGAUGUUCAUCAGAUUGAAAUGAAAAACAAGGGAAUGCAAGUCGUUGCUGCAAACCAAAAGGGACUUGUGACAGAGAUGGAGAAGCUGCUCGCUCGCUUGAAAUUACCCGGCUUCGUAGUUGAGAUUCUCAAGAACGAACCUUUGGACGAUUCAGAUGGUAUUGUUCAAUGUGAAAAUGCCACAUUGAGGCUGAAGAAAGUUAUUGAAUCCAAGAUUGACAAUGGAUUAAACGAUAUGACUGCAUUUCAAGAGAGAAUCACUCUUUAUCUUGGAUAUGCCAACGGGUUUGCUACUCGACUUUCAGAUCACUUUAAGAAACUCCUCAACACUAGUGUAGAGAAAGCUCUACAGGACCCCAAUCGUUCUACAAAACGUGGUCGUUUGCCUGCUCAUGACCUUGUCGAAAUCGCUAUAUUCAAGCUACGGAAUCUCUUGUUAUGGUUGAGGGAUUUCGAUGAAAAGAAGUUUCAAGCCAUUCAAGAGAUAUACACAAUCGAGAUGUCAAGGCUUUACAGUCGAGACAUUCAAGCACUAGUUGAACCCAUUCGAACCCAUCAUUUGCAGAAACGGACUGGAUUGGACGAGGCGUAUUUAUUCUCAUUGCCUACUGUAUCAGCAACUUCUGUCGCUACCAACGCCAUCAAAACUGCAGUCACUACAUCACGAGAGACGCUAGCCACACUAAAAGGAGACAAGGAUGGAAAAUCUGGACGUGCACCUAUUUCAUUUGGUAAAAGUUCUGGUGGAGCAUGGAAACCAAGUCAUCGAAGGAAGGGCACCAAAGAUUCGAUUGACUCGAAUGAAUAUUCACCAACAAGAGGUGGUGGAGGGAGUGUAUUUGAUCCCGAUGAUGUGAUUUCUCCGUCCCGUAGUGCUGCUGGGCUUCGACGUGAUAGUAAUGCAUCUAGUGCUGAUAAUGAACCUAAUUUGGAUGAUAAGAUGCUUCCUGACGAGGCUGUCGCAUAUGUAUUGACAAUGUUGGUGCCUUGUAUCAUUCGAGAGCAAAAUUUCUCGUCUGAUUUAUUUAGUCUCAACAAACCACCAUUGGAUCCACAAGAUCCACUUGAUGAUACACCUCAUAGUGCGUCUGCUGUCAGGGCAUUACAACAAGAUGAAUGGCUUAAGCCUCGUGAAGCUAUUCCUGAUGUACGAAUCUCGAAGAAGCAACAUGACAUGCUCGAACACAUAUUCGACUCACUCAGAGACGAACUGUUCAUGUUGAUUGAUUCUGGACUCAAAUAUGAUUCUACAUUUGCCAUUGGAAUGAUGGUGCGAUCUGAAUCUUACAUUCGUGAAUUGGAAUCUACGUCAUAUACGUUCUUGAUGCUGUUCUUGGAAGAUGGGAAUAAGAGAUUGAGUACCAUGUUUUCUAGAUUUGUGGACGAUCAAAUCAGGGCUAUCGACGAUUCGAAAGUAUCGAGGCGUCGAGCUGGUGUAUUGCCGUCGUUCAAAGUUUUCCCUAACUUUGUUGACCGAAUGGAAAAUUUGCUGGAACGAAGUGAAGGUGGUGCUAGAUCUGUGGUAGCUUCAGCAUACGAGCGUAUAGUGAAGGCCAUGUUUGAUGCUUUGGAUACUGUUGGAAAAGCUGCUGCCAGAGAUGCAGCUAGUGCAGCUGAUGACAAGGAGCAGCUAAAUGCUCAUAUACUUACGAUUGAGAAUAUGCACUACUUUUCACAAGAAAUCAAGGCACGUCGAGUAACAUUCCUCGACACCUUCUUAAAACAAGCUAGAACAACGUACGAUGCUAAUUUGAAUGCAUAUGUGAAAGUGGUGAUUCGUAAACCACUUGGAAAGCUGUUGGAAUUCUUUGAAGGAAUCGAGCAAGCCCUGAAAACCGCAGCUCCUGAAGAAGUCUCGUAUCGAGUGCAAUUCAACAAGAAUGCUUUGAAGGAUGUCAUUAAAAAGUAUCCUGGUAAAGAAAUCAAGAAGGGCCUUGAAGCAUUAUACAAGAGAGUCGACAAGCACUUCUCCGAAGAAUUGGGAUUAUUGCCUGUUGUAUGGCGCGCCACGCAAGAAGAAGUGCUGAGGAGGUUACGAUGGUUUGAGGAAUUGAUUGUCCGAUGCUAUCCAGAAAGUGGAGUUCGCUUGGAUAUAUCUAUUGAUGAUGUGUUGCCUGAUAUCGGAAGCCUCUGA